UAUGAGGUGGUGAAGUGUGGGAGUCCGCGCAGCCCUGCCCCUGGAUCAGUCAGUGUUGAAGUGUGAGUGAUGAUGUGCUGUGGUGGUAGUUGUGGGCGGGGGGCCGCGUGACCAUGCGCGGUGUCACACCGCGGCAGUGUGUAGGGGGUGACUCGCAGGGCGGCCACGGGCACGGCUCGGGCAGCCCGCUCUGCCAACCAUGACCAUGCACGCCGCCAUCAUGCUCAGACUAGUGCUAGUGUUAGUGUUGCAGUGCCUAUUGACUAAUGGGCAAGGUCCAGGGCCUGGGCCUGGGUUACAGGGGGAAGUGGUAGAGGGGCAGGACAAAAUGCUAUCGCGCCCUGUGGAUAAGCGCGUCAAAUUUUCUGUGAUGGAGGGCCAGCCGGCCAAUACCUUCGUGGGUGCCAUCCCCCGCGAGCCGAACUUCACGUACCGCUUCAACGAGGCGCCUCGGGAAUUCACCCUGAACGGCAGCAGCGGGGAGAUCCGCACCACGGGCGUGCUCGACCGGGAGGCGCUCGCCACGGACCGCUUCGACCUGGUGGUGCUCUCCUCGCAGCCCACCUACCCCAUCGAGGUGCGCAUCAACGUCAUCGACAUCAACGACAACUCUCCUCGGUUCCCGGAGCCGUCCAUCCACGUGACCUUCUCGGAGAGCGCCAACGCUGGCACGAGGGUCAUCCUGCAAAUUUAAACUGGACGUAACGAUAAAUCCUUCGGGAGAGACGCCAUACCUGCAUCUGGAGACCACAGGCAAGCUGGACCGCGAGACGAGGGCGAGUUAUCAGCUCAAUAUAUCCGCCCAGGACGGUGGCUCUCCCCCGCGUUACGGAUUCCUGCUAGUCAACGUAUCCAUCCUGGAUGUGAACGACAACCCGCCCAUCUUCGACCACAGCGACUACAUCGUGUCGCUGAACGAGUCGGUGCCCCCAGGGACGUCGGUGCUUCAGGUCCAGGCUACAGACAAUGACAUCGGGGACAACGCUCGCCUCACCUACUACUUGGCAGAAACGGAAACUCAGUUCAGUGUGGAUCCAGAAACCGGAAUAAUCAGCACUGUUGAGCCCCUCAGCUGCCAUCAGAACUGCCAGCAGUCGCAGCCUUGUGCAAAGAGCUGCGUGUUUACAGUGUUUGCGCGAGAUCAUGGGUCGCCCUUACAGGAUGGCAGGACUUAUGUCACGGUGAACCUCCUGGAUGCCAACGACCACGACCCGGUAGUCAGCUUCAGGUACUUCCCUCCGACGGCAAACUUCGCAACCGUCGACGAAAAUGCACAGAACGGGUCUGUGGUCGCCGCGGUCUCUGUGAUAGACGACGACGAAGGUUCAAACGGGCAGACGACCGUGGAGAUAAGAGCUGGCAAUGAACUCGGUCAUUUCAGAUUAGAUUCUAAGUCUGACUUUGACAUCGUGCGCGUCAACGGUGUCUUAGAUCGAGAGAAAAUAAGUAAAUACAAUGUGACUAUCGUAGCCACAGACAAAGGCACACCGCCAAGGUCAUCAACUGCGUUCUUGAUCAUCCAUGUCAACGACAUCAACGAUCAUGAGCCAGUGUUCGAGAAGAGUGAGUAUUCGGCCGUCCUCAGUGAACUCGUCCCCAUCGGCACCUACGUGGCUGGAAUCACUGCCAACGACGAGGACACAGGUGUGAACUCAAACAUUUAUUACGCCAUUAUUUCUGGGAACGAUAAUCAGUGGUUCGACAUCGACUUGCAGAGCGGCCUCAUCACUACGAAAGCGCCUCUCGAUCGUGAAGUACAGGACUCUAUCGACCUAAAAAUUACUGCUCGUGAUGGCGGACCAAACCCGAAACGAGCUUACACGCACCUGAAGAUCUCUAUUUUGGACGAAAACGACGAAAAACCCACCUUCGCUCAGACAGUCAUCAACGUCAGCUUGUCAGAGAACACCCCACCUGACACUCUGGUAGCCAUGGUGUCAGCAGUGGACCACGACCAAGGCACGAACGGUAGCGUAUCCUACAUGUUCGACCAGGACGUGGAACACAUGUAUCCAGGGAUAUUCGCCCUUGAUGUAUCCUCAGGCCGACUCACAACCAUGACGAAAUUAGACCGAGAAGCAAUGCCUGAAUACGAAAUCAAAGUCGUAGCGAAAGACCAGGGAAUACCACCGCUCUCGUCGACGGCCACGGUUAUUCUGAGUGUCCAGGAUGUGAAUGACAACAGCCCGGAGUUCUAUCCUCAGCAGUACUUCGUCGUAGUCCCCGAAGACCUGCCUUUAGGGUCAUCUGUGAUAAAGGUUUCUGCGACUGACAAGGAUGUUGGGGAGAACGCUGUAACGACUUACGAACUCAAUGCUGGUGACGAUAACGAGAAUGAGUUUGAAAUAGACCACGAGACCGGUAUCAUUCGUCUAAGUGGGAGGCUCAGUCAUAUCAGGAAGGCUCAGUAUCGGUUGACAAUAGCUGCAAGAGACAAGGGUGAUCGUAAGGCUGUUGAGGAUGCUACUGUGGACAUUGUAGUAGAAAGUAAUCAGAUUGAACUACUAGAAUUUGAAGAGAGUAACGGGUAUACUUUCUCUCUAGUCGAAGAUGAAGCAAAGAAAGAACCCACAGUGGGAAGAGAAGUGGGAACUGUGGGCGUAGUGAACCCUAGCUCUGUAGGAGAAGUCAGCUACGCCAUCGUCGCCGGGGACCCCGAUAAGGUGUUCUCCAUUGACGAGAAGACUGGCGUGAUAAAAACCACAAGGAGAAUAGACCGGGAACAGGCAGCGAGCUACCAACUGCGCACUGUGGCCACCACGACGUCUGCAUAUGGGAGGACCUGGGUCAACAUUACGGUGGACGACGUCAAUGAUAAUCCUCCCAAAUUUCCCAUCACACGAGCUCAUGCCACCGUCGCAGAAAACUGGCCUGUGGGGCACCAGGUCUACCUUGCCCGGGCGUAUGAUAAUGACGAUGGCGUCAACAGCAAGAUCACUUACAGCUUGUCUAACAAUCCCGACGACUAUUUCACCAUUUCCAGGUCGAGCGGCAUGAUCUUCCUGAAGAAACCUGUGAAAUAUAGCAAAAGUAACAGCUUCAGGCUUGAAGUGGCUGCCACAGAUUCCGGGUCACCGCCUUUAUCCUCUCGCCAGGUUGUUAUCAUCACAGUGGAAGACGUGAACGACCACACGCCCAUCUUCGAACACGGGUCGUACGAGACGUCGCUCUUGGAGUCUACACCUGUCAACGACAGGUUCUUCGCUCUAACUGCAUCCGACGAGGACGACGGUCUGAAUGGCUUCGUGUCCUAUGAUAUCACCGAAGGCAACGAGGAGCGGAAAUUCGGCAUUUUCCCCGAUGGGUAUUUGUAUGUGAAGAGCGCUCUAGACCGCGAGGCGCAGGAUUACUUCGCUCUGACGAUAGUGGCCAAGGACCAUGGCACCCCGCCCAGGUCCUCCACGGUGUCAGUCGUCAUACAUGUCAUCGACGAGAAUGACAACUCCCCCAUGUUUACCAACGCGACCUUCACCUUCUACCUCGCCGAGAACGAACCGCCAGACACCUACGUCGGGAAACUGACAGCAGCUGACAGAGACAAGGGAAGAAACGCCGAACUCACCUACUCAAUAGCUACAAAUCAAAAUGACUUUGUAGUAGAUCCCAAAAGUGGUUUUCUGAAAACGCUGCACUACUUUGAUCGCGAACAACUUGUCAAAGUCACCGGCCUGGAUUACAUAUCAAUGGAGGCAGUAGUUCUCGAUAACGGUAUCACGCGUCUGAGAGAUAAAGCAAAAGUAAAUAUCUAUAUCACAGACGUCAAUGACAACCCGCCGAAGUUCAUGAGGAAGCCGUACAAAGCGCAGGUACCUGAAGAAGCUCCCAUCAGCACAAACAUCAUCCGAAUAUCAGCCUCAGACGCCGACGAGGGGUUGAACGGGGAUGUCGUUUACACAAUCGUAGAUGGCAACGAUGACGGGCGCUUUAAGGUGGACGAAACAACAGGGCAGGUGACACUGGCUCGGCCGCUGGAUCGUGAGACAACACCCAGGUAUCUACUGACGGUGGCGGCAGCUGACCUGGGGAACCCUUUCGGCCUCACCGCCACUGCCACGCUCACGGUGGACGUCCUGGACGCGAACGACAAUGCUCCCGAGUUCACACAGAGCGAGUCUGAGAUCUUCAUUGUGGAAACAACUGAGGUCAACACUGUCCUUGUACAGUUCCAGGCCACUGAUGCAGAUUUGGGGGUAAAUAAGGAAGUGUCAUUCAUGAUCGGAGGCGGUAACAUGCAGGAGGCUUUCCGUAUCGACACCAAAACGGGAACCCUGUACCUGGAACGUCCUUUAGACUUCGAAGAGCAGAGUCUGUACCGUCUGAACAUCACUGCUGCAGAUGGCGGCUCUCCUCGUCUGACGUCGACCAUCUCGUUCGUUGUGCACGUGCAGGACUACAAUGACAACCCGCCGGCCUUCCCGAACACUGCUAUAUGGCGAAGGAUCGACGAAAACAUCAGACCGAAGUCUCACGUUGUCACCGUCACCGCCGAGGAUCCCGAUUCCGGGGAGAACGGCAAGAUCAAGUACACCAUCAAGAGCCAAGAGCCUCCCGGAAAGCACUUUGCCAUCGACGAGAAUACCGGCGAGGUUUCGACGCUUGAAAGCAUAGACCGCGAAUUUUCAGACACGUUCCGGUUGACCGUGGUUGCCACAGAUCAAGCAGAACCUAAAUCAGCGCGUCUUCAGGCAGAGAAGCUCGUCACCGUGAUCGUGGAGGACAUCAACGACAACGCGCCACAGUUCGUCUCCAUGAACGCUGGAAUACUGAAUGAGAACUCUCCUGCAGGCACCGAAAUCAUGCGCGUAUCAGCCCGCGAUCUCGAUGCCAACCCCAACGGCUUGGUGACCUACGAAAUGGUGGCCGGGAAUAAGGAUAUCUUCCGCCUCGACCGCGUGACAGGGGCACUGAAGCUGAUACGAGAAGUGACCUCCCCUGCGAUCAUGUACUCCGUCACUGUUCGCGCUACAGACGAGGCCGUCCAGUCCCAACGAAGGUCCUCCGACGCCUACCUGACGAUCCUCAGCAUGUCGUCGCAAGAGGGACCCAAAUUCCUGAAGAACUCCUACUCGGGAUCAGUCCUCGAGAGCUCAAACAUUGACACCUCGGUCGCGACAGUGAGUGCCCGCCUCAGCUCCAAUGCCUUGGCGGAUAUUGCCUAUUACGUUGUGAACGUGACGGCUGCGGACGGCCGGCCCAUGGAUCGCAUGUUCGCCGUUCAGCAGCAGGGCAAGGUGGUCACCGCCGCCGUCCUCGACCGCGAGAACGGCCCCGAGAACUAUCUCGUGACCGUGGCCGCCGUGGUCACUCAGGGGGUCACUCCCAAGCUCUCCACUACUCAGGU